GGGGCGGAGUUGAGAUGGGUGGGGUCAGAGCCUCUGUGGUCAGUGACAAUUGCAGGCUGUUAUUUAGUCUGCUUUCUGUGCUCUCCUAAGACAGGUAGACUGCCACCGUGACACUCAACCAAGUUACAGAAACUGCUGCCACGAUGAAGCUCUUCACCAUUCUGUGCCUACUGCUCUUCAACCUUGGGGUGGCUUACCGCCACCGCUCCCGCUCCCAGGAGGAGAAGGACAAGAAGUCCUCUGUGGGUGCUGGGUUAACUCCUGGAAGCAAGGACUUUGUCUUCAACCUCUACAUGGCCUUGGCUUCUGAAGCCCCUGGUCAGAAUGUCUUCUUUUCUCCCAUGAGCGUGAUCAUGAGCCUAAGCAUGCUCUCUCUGGGGACUGGCCCCCGCACUAAGACCCAGAUCCUGAAGGGCCUGGGCCUCAGCCUCCAGCAAGAGGACAACUUCCACAAGUUCUACCAAGGGCUGAUGAAGAGGUUCAGCCAGCUUACAAAUGGUCACCAGCUGAGCCUGGGAAGUGCCCUUUUUACAGACCCAGCAGUACAUAUUCAGCACAGCUUCCUGAGUGCCAUGAAGACGCUGUACAUGGCAGAUACUUUCUCUACCAAUUUUAGGAACCUUGAAAUGACUAAGAAGCAGAUCAAUGACUAUGUGGCCAAGAAGACCGAAGGCAAUAUUGUAGACUUGAUCAAGGAUCUUGACAGCACCCAUGUCAUGGUGUUGAUAAAUUACAUCUUUUUCAAAGCCAAGUGGGAGACGGCCUUCAGUGACCAAAACACCCACCAGAAAGAUUUUCAUGUGACCCCCAAGAAGACCAUACAGGUGCCCAUGAUGAACCGUGAAGAUGAGUACUACUAUGUCCUGGACCAAAGUAUUUCCUGCACGGUGGUGAGGAUCCCUUACCAAGGCAACGCCAGUGCUCUGUUUAUUCUCCCCAGCGAAGGCAAGAUGCAGCAGGUGGAGAAGGGCCUGAAUGGGAGAGCACUGAUGAACUGGCUUACUACAGCCAGAAAGAGAAAGUUGAACCUUUACCUCCCCAAGUUCUCCAUUGAGGGCACCUAUCAACUGGAGAAAAUCCUCCCCAAGCUGGGCAUCAGGGACAUCUUUACUACCCAUGCUGACCUGUCUGGAAUUACUGACUACCCCAAUAUCAAGCUGUCUGAGAUGCUGCACAAAUCUGUGGUGAAGGUAGAUGAGUCGGGAACCAUAGCGUCUGCUGCCACAGGAGAGCUCUUUACAUUCAGAUCUGCUCGACCGGUGACCCUGAAGAUAGAAUUCAACAGACCCUUUCUGCUUGCCAUUGAAGGGAACUCGAAUCUCCUUUUCCUUGGCAGAGUGGUCCAGCCCAGAGGUGGGAGGGACUCUUUCUGAAACCCACAGGCUUACCCGGAGGGAGCCAUGAGUAUACUACAGCCCAUCCAUCUGUUGGUAACUAGUGAUUUGUGUAGAGUAGAUUGACUAACAAGGUGUUAUAAAUAAUAAGAUUACUAUACUAAUGGCUGCUUCCUUGAUCGUGGUUGCAAGGUAUGUGUUCUUGUCCUCAUCUUUCACCAGUGAUUGGCACUAAAGAGGCCAGUUGGUUUCUCCAAGGUCCCACCUCCAUAUUUGUUUCAUAGUCACGCCUAGACCCCAGGCCAUUUUUGCUCAGUCUAUCACUACAGAGCCUUAUAGGAGACUGGUCACUAUAGGGAGAGGUCACCAGGAAGCACAUUUUUGGGCCUUGUCUCCCACCUAUCAGCCCCAACUACCGUGGUUUGGACUGAAGUUCUGGAAUGGCGCUAAUAGCUAUGUAACAUGGGAAUGACAAUGCCUCUCUCUGGACCUUUGUUUCUCUGUGUAUUCGAUGAAGGAUUAGAGCAAGAAGUUCAUCCAUUGAUAGUGAAAUAUUGCACAGGGUUGGCUGCUCCAUGCCAGUCAUGGUUGAUAGAAGAACUCGGUUUAGUAGCACGCUUGAGCAUCAGGGUAGAAGUGUCUCACCAUGAACAAAGGUAUCAACUAGCGAACCUGACUGGGGUGGGAUGAUAGACGCCUGUUGCAAACAGUGAAACAUGGAUGGUAGACUGACUUGCUGAUUUUCACCUUGGCAAUAGCAAUAAAGCAUUAUGCAAAGA